AUAGCUUUUAACCGGUAGUUUUGAUUUUGCUGACCAAGUAAACCAAUGGGUACCGAACCAGUCAUGCUUUGUCCUUAGCCAUGAACUGUAGUGACCAAUGUCAAGUACAUCCAGACCUCGAGUUCUACCCACCUAAGACAUGGGGCCUAGAGUUCCAUUUUGGGUCUUACAAGAAAUUGUACAUUGCGGAUAUAGUAGAAAUGAAGCCUUAUCCCCAUUUCACAGGUGCUUUUGCCUACAGAAACCACCCUGUGUAUAAAGUGGAUAUCAUUGGUACUAUAGUAAAAAGAAGCGAGCAAGCCAAAUGUUUUGUGUAUGCAGUUGAUGACGGCACUGGCGUUAUUCUAUGCUGCACAUGGAAGGACAGUUAUAAUAAAACAAACACGCCUAUAAAUAAAACCAGUCUACCAGAUUGUCUGCGAGAAAAGCUCAUCUCCCUGGAGACGCAAACCAGUCUUCAAGAACAGGGCUACCAACUGGGAGAUCUUGUGCACAUUAAAGGAAAACUGAAAAUCUUCCGAGAGAAAAUGGAGGUGGUUGCCACUUAUCAUGUAAAGGUUGAAGACCCAAAUAUUCAGCUGUUUCGGAUGAACGAACUCCCUCGCAUCUAUCAGCAGUGUUACAAUCGACCCUUCCAGCUACCCCUUAAAGUCCAGCAGGCCCUGUCAAGAGGAAGUACCAGGAAUGAUGGGAAACCCGAGCAAACAUUGACUGCCGAAUUGAAGACCAUUCUUCACCAGGCAGUGUGCAAUACAGACCAAGUGUUGAUGACAGUGGACGACUUUCAGAAGUACGACAGAGUCAAGGAAUUUCUGUCUGCUCAUUGUGAAAAGUCUGCAGAUCCAUUGCAUAGUCGGCAGGUGAUGGUCGCAAACGCUCUGUCCCUAAUGGAAGAUGAAGGUCAUGUGGUACGCAGGUCAGAUCAGAGAAACUUGUAUGAGCUGCUGUACUGGAAAUCAAAACUGGAAGAUGCCAUUAGAAAAGUCCUUGUUACUGAAUGUGCCAAGCCAAAAUACGCAGAGAAGGGUUGCCACUACCUGCAUAUACUUACAGAACUUCAGAACACCCUGGCCUACAGCAAACUGAAGAAGGUGGCCCUGGUGUUCUGCUUGGAUAAGCUGGAAUCUCAAAGUGAUGUCAUAAGAACCACACAAGCGCAUUACAUGUUGUUGUGAUGUUUGUCCAACAUUUUUGUCUAACUGUCUGACAGGUUCUGCAUUACUUUUUGGGGUUCUGAGAAAAAUGGUCUAUCAGACAGGUUCUGCAAGAAAUUGUCUUACUGUCUGACAGGUUCUGCAAAAAAUUGUCUAACUGCUUGACAAGUUCUGCAGAUUUUUUUUUGUCUUACUUUCUGAUAGGUUCUGCCAAAUUUUUGUCUCUCGGACAGCUUUUGCAGAUUUUUUUGUCUAACUGUCUGACAGGUUUUGCAGAAUUGUUGUCUAGCUGUCUGACAGGUUCCGCAUAAUUUUUGUCUAGCUGUCUGACAGGUUUUCCAGGAUGUUUGUCUAAAUGCCUGACAGUUCGGCAGACUGGAAUCUUUCCGUCAAGAGCUUUUUGUUAUGUUGCGUACGUGUUGUUGAAAGAUGUGAUAUGCUCUUUUUACCUCAAAAUAAAGUUAUAUGCCAUAUUAAGGGUUGUAUAAAACAAUGUUAAGUGAAUAAUAUCCCAGAACAAUUUAUGAUAGCCCUCACCAAUGACUCCCUUAUGUUUAUCUUUAUUAUGUAAGUACCCAUAGUCAUUAAACACUAAUUAAUUUGGUUUGUGCUCUGUUAAAAGGGAGUUCGAUGCAUCUUCGAAAAGUGUCGUUCCAGAUUUGUCCAUGCAGUUGUCUUUCCACUUGUAUAAUAUUUUUCUUUUAAAGAAAGUCUUUUCUUAUCAAAACUCCAGUUUAGACAAUGAUGUAAUUUCAUCAGCUUUUUUUAAAUAUAAUAACAAUCCAUGUCUUUGUAUCUGUCAUGUUUCAUAUUUACAAUUCAGUGAACAUGUGAAAGAAUAAUACAUGAGAAUUAUUGAGUGUAAUCUUUCUCCAUGUUUUAAUGCUGCUUUUAUUUAACAUAACUAUAAAUAUGUCCGAUGUAACUAUAUGAACAUACCAGAAAUACAUUGAACAGUUUUUGUUUGAUAUGUAGUUAUUUACAUUUAUAAUAUACAUGUAUCGUAUUGCAUUCAAUCUAAAUUUAAAUUCGCUCGUCCAAUGAAAGCUCUGCCCCAUAAUACACUGUUCUCUGUACACUUCUGAAAAAUGGCGUACGUGUAUGGUUGUGUUUAUGAUGUGUUCGCGAUGAGCUGUACGUAUGAACCCAUAAAAGCUCAGAGCAUUCAAGAAGAACUAGCUGUACGUAUGUACCCAUAAAAGCUCAGAACAUUCAAGAAGAACUAACAACACAGCAUGGCAAUACACAGGACCUUUAUUUUAGGCUAUACCAUACCUGUUUUUAUAGCCCCCUGCAAUAAAUGAGCUCAAAACUUAUAAUGUGGAUCCGUUUAUAACGCUGUUUCGCGGCUUGGACCCCAUUUACGGCGCUAUAUUGGAGAUAGAGUGUAUGCACACAUGUAAAAUAUGGCAUAAUUGAUUGUCUUAAAUAUCUUGUUUAAAUGUUGGUAAAAAAGCACUUCACACAAAAUCAUUUACAAGAAAUGCCAUUACUUAUUGCAAUGCUGCAUCACAUUUUGUUGAACAAUCUUCGAACAUUGAUAGAGAAUAAUAAUAUAUAAAAAAAAAUUGAUUGUUAGAUUGAAGCAUGUUUUUUAUGUGUCAACAAGGUAUCAAAGCAUGUUGAUUCCUUUGAUAUUAUGAUGAUAAUGUUGUUUUGAGGCAUUCAUAUAUAAUAUAUACAUUUACUAGGUAUGUAACAUGCAUUAAAUUAGUUGUUUUGUUGUUUCGGUUUUUUAGACAUUUUGUUUAAAUUUCUAUUUUUUAUUCACUGUAAAAAACUUUUUGUACGUAUAUGUAUAUUUAAGAAAGAAAAACAUUUUAAAAUAAGAGUAAA